CGGCGGAAUCAUGGCGGCCGUCCCCCCUCCGUCCCCCCCGCUGCCCGCGGUGCAUUGUGGGUGUGCGGCGGGAUCAUGGCGGCGGCAGCGUAGGGUGCUUUGGUAGAUAAAAAUGACGACAGCAGCGAGGCCAACAUUUGAACCUGCGAGAGGAGGAAGAGGAAAAGGUGAAGGAGACUUAAGUCAGCUAUCCAAACAAUAUUCCAGCAGGGACCUUCCUUCUCAUACUAAAAUCAAAUACAGACAGGCCACUCAGGAUGCUCCUGAAGAGGUGCGUAACCGUGAUUUCAGAAGGGAGUUGGAGGAGAGAGAACGGGUCGCUGCAAGAGAAAAGAACAGAGACAGACCAACCAGAGAACACACAACAUCAUCUUCUGUGUCUAAGAAGCCUCGGCUAGACCAGAUACCUGCAGCAAAUCUCGAUGCUGAUGACCCACUUACUGAUGAAGAUGAUGAAGAUGAGGACUUGGAAGACAGUGAUGAUGAUGACACUGCAGCCCUUCUGGCUGAACUGGAAAAAAUCAAGAAAGAACGAGCUGAGGAACAAGCUCGAAAGGAACAAGAGCAAAAGGCUGAAGAAGAAAGAAUUCGGAUGGAGAAUAUUUUAAGUGGUAACCCUCUGCUGAAUCUUACUGGCCCAGCACAGCCUCAAGCAAACUUCAAAGUCAAGAGGAGAUGGGAUGAUGAUGUUGUCUUCAAGAAUUGUGCCAAGGGGAUAGAUGAAACAAAAAAGGACAAAAAAUUCGUGAAUGAUACUCUGCGAUCAGAAUUCCACAAAAAGUUCAUGGAAAAAUAUAUCAAGUAGUACAGUUUUAUGUGCGGUGGGGCUGAAGGACUCGGAAGAUCGUGGUGGUUCCUUCCAUUUCCCUCAGAAUUCAAAGCUAAAUACGUGGUCCUGAAUGCCCAAAGGGUUUUCCAAUGUCAUCAGCAGCUUCAUCAUUAGUAAUUGCUACGUAUCUGGAGUUUUUAUUCCUGCAGCAUGUGUUCCUUUUCAAUUUUAAUUAAAUCAUUUUGUGUUUCA